CCCCCGGGAAACCGGAGCCGGAAGACUGAAAUUCAUCAAGCAAGACAAUUUAAAGUUCAGAAGGCUUUUCGUCCGUGACAUGAAACCCUGAAAAGUGCAGCCUGGAUUGAGGAGAAGAUGGGGGCAGCAAGCAGCAGCAUCCAUGACCUUCCAGAAAACGAAUAUUUAAAGAAACUGACAGGGCGAGAGUCCAUCUCCGAGAACGACCCCUUUUGGAAUCAGUUGCUUUCUUUUACCUUUACCAUCCCCACAAACAGUGCCGAGCUGAAACUCCUGGAAGAAGCUUCUGUGUCUGUCUGCAAGUCUUUAGUGGAGAAUAAUCCUCGGACAGGAAACCUUGCUUCGCUGGUUAAAGUCUUCCUUUCCAGAACCAAAGAAUUACAGAUUUCAGCAGAAUGUCAGAACCACCUCUUCAUCUGGCAGGCCCACAACGCCCUCUUCCUUAUUUGCUGCCUGCUGAAAGUUUUGAUCUGUCAGAUGCCGGAAGAGCAACUGCAGCUUCACUUCACCUAUGAGGAAAAAAACCCGGGCUCCUACGCAUCUGAAUAUGAAGAUCUUCUGGAAGAAUUGCUCUGCUGCCUCGUUCAGCUGAUUGUUGAGGUUCCUCUUCUAGACAUUACCUACGGCAUUUCACUGGAGGCUGUGACAACCCUGGUCGUUUUUCUGUCCUGUCAGCUUUUCCACAAGGAAAUUCUGCGGAAGAGCAUCAUUUAUCAGUAUCUCAUGCGCGGCCGAUGCCUCGCGUACACCAGCCGACUGGUGAAAACCUUGCUGUACAACUUCAUCCGUCAAGAGCGGAGCCCUCCUCCCAGCUCCCAUGUCUUCCAGCCGGAGUCCGAAGGAGGGGGACUACUAUACGGAAUCGCGUCAGGAGUAGCAA